CUCUCCUGUGGCCCAGCGCAGCGGACCGGCUAAGCCAGCAUGUCGGGGACCCGAACCUCCAACGACCGGCCCCCCGGCGCGGGCGGAGUCAAGCGGGGGCGGCUACAGCAGGAGGCGGCGGCGACAGGCUCCCGCGUGACCGUGGUGCUGGGCGCGCAGUGGGGGGACGAGGGCAAAGGCAAGGUGGUGGACCUGCUGGCCACGGACGCCGACAUCGUCAGCCGCUGCCAGGGGGGCAACAACGCUGGGCACACAGUGGUAGUGGACGGCAAGGAGUAUGACUUCCAUCUGCUACCCAGCGGCAUCAUCAACACCAAGGCCGUAUCGUUCAUCGGCAAUGGUGUGGUCAUCCACUUGCCAGGCUUGUUUGAAGAGGCAGAGAAGAACGAGAAGAAAGGUCUGAAGGACUGGGAGAAACGACUCAUCAUCUCUGACCGGGCCCACCUUGUGUUUGACUUCCACCAGGCAGUGGAUGGGCUGCAGGAAGUACAGCGUCAAGCACAAGAGGGGAAGAACAUUGGCACCACCAAGAAGGGAAUUGGACCAACUUACUCUUCCAAAGCCGCCCGGACAGGCCUCCGUAUCUGUGACCUCCUGUCGGAUUUUGAUGAGUUUUCCUCCAGAUUCAAGAACCUGGCCCACCAGCACCAGUCCAUGUUCCCCACCCUGGAAAUAGAUGUGGAAGGUCAACUCAAAAGGCUCAAGGGCUUUGCUGAGCGGAUCAGACCCAUGGUUCGAGAUGGUGUCUACUUCAUGUAUGAGGCACUCCAUGGCCCCCCCAAGAAGAUCCUGGUAGAAGGUGCCAACGCAGCCCUUCUUGACAUUGAUUUCGGGACCUAUCCCUUUGUGACUUCCUCCAACUGCACCGUGGGUGGCGUGUGCACAGGCCUGGGCAUCCCGCCUCAGAACAUAGGUGACGUGUAUGGUGUGGUAAAGGCCUACACCACCCGUGUGGGCAUUGGGGCCUUCCCCACGGAGCAGAUCAACGAAAUCGGAGAUCUGCUACAGAACCGUGGCCAUGAGUGGGGGGUGACCACAGGCAGGAAGAGACGCUGCGGAUGGCUGGACCUGAUGAUCCUAAGAUACGCUCACAUGGUCAAUGGCUUCACUGCGCUGGCCUUGACCAAGCUGGACAUCUUGGAUGUUCUGAGCGAGAUUAAAGUUGGCAUCUCCUACAAGCUCAAUGGGAAGAGGAUUCCUUAUUUCCCUGCUAACCAGGAGAUCCUGCAGAAGGUGGAGGUAGAGUAUGAAACACUGCCUGGAUGGAAAGCAGACACCACCGGUGCCAGGAAGUGGGACGACCUUCCCCCACAGGCCCAGAGCUAUGUGCGGUUCGUGGAGAAUCACUUGGGUGUGCCAGUCAAAUGGGUCGGUGUUGGGAAGUCCAGAGAGUCCAUGAUCCAGCUGUUUUAGAAGCCAAGCAGAAGCCAGCAGGCCACACCACAGCGCACCACCAUGGGUGAGCAGCUGCAGCCAAGAUCCUAAGCGGUACAGCCAAUGCCUUCAACAAGACAAUCUGAAACCAUUUCCCAUACUUUUAUUUUUCUAUGUACGUCUUCAGCUUGACCCACUGAAUUCUACGAUGAUUUUAAGUGUGUAAAAGAAGCACUGUGUACACUUUUUAAAAUCUGCUUUUAAAAUGAGCCGAAGUGUUCAAAACAGAGGCCUUCAAUGACUGAUUGUCAAUGGUAUGUGUUCAGCUGGAGCAGUAUCAUAAUAAACACAUACCCAGGAGCCAUGGAGAGGUCAUUACACUGUCUUGACUUUGUCCUUAUCACUUUUAAUCACUAAUGGCAACCUUUCCCAGUGACCAUGAUGCCACUCCCAGUAGCUGUGUGAGGAGCUGUAUGGCAAGAGCAUAGGGUCUGUGAGACCCAAAUCAGAAGCAGUCAGAGCCAGGAUUGCACAAAGUGCAACUUACUGAGGACUUAUUUACACCAAAGCAGGAGGAGCCCAUUUCCCAGGGUGUGAGGAAAGGACUUUCACAAAGCCAGACUAAAGUGGCCCAGGGUCAUCUGAAACGUACCU